AUGAACUUCAUUCGCCACCCAGUACCGCUGCGACAAAGCCAUUUGUUUUCGCGGGUGGCUAUUCGACCUUUCAGGAGCGCCACACAAUUUCAAGCAUGCCACUCAGAGAAGACUAGACAGGCCGAAGGAUCUAAAGAGAAGCUUCCAACCUGUCAAAGCAAAAACGCCGCAACCUCUCCUUCGCAGCCCCUGUCCACCCUCAGCUUGCAAUUCUGGAAUUGCAAAUCCACGUGGAGAAGAGCAGGAGUCAAUACACUUCGCUGUCUGGUUGGCUGUACAGCUGGAGACUUCUCUGCACUAUGGAUUCUUCAGACCUACUACCCUGAGCUGGGUAUGGGAACCAUCAUGGCCAUGUCAAUGGCCUCUGGCAUUACAACAUCAAUCAUUCUUGAAACAGUACUGCUGCGCCGAGGCGCUGAUCAGCUUUCUUGGUCGAGGGCUGCUCGCACUGCCAUGGGUAUGAGCAUGGUUUCUAUGCUGGCCAUGGAGCUCGCGGAGAAUGCAGUCGACUACCAUCUCACCGGCGGCAUGGUCGCGUUUGAUGAUCCUAAAUUCUGGUUGGCGGCGGUGGUCUCUAUGGGUGCUGGAUAUUUGGCACCUUUGCCGUACAAUUACCUGCGCCUGCGCAAGUAUGGCAAAGCAUGCCAUUGA